AUGCAUUCGUGGACAUGGGUGCUGCUGGCGGCAGCAAUGCCAUAUGCCAGAGCAGAAAGGGACGAUACUGCGGAGAAGGCAGCCGCACUCCUCAAUGACAAGACGGUCAAAUACAUCGGCUGGACAUGGGGCAUGAUCAUCGCCAUCGUACUCAUCUACCGCUGGACCCUACACCUGCUGCAACACAUUCGCAAGCUGGCCAACUUGUACCACGGAACCAGCAGCGAUGGCAGACAACGCUACUUCAGCAUACCGGACGACCGAUGGGCCAAGUUCAAGCGUCACUGGCUAUCUGCACCGCUCCUCAGUAAGCGUCACAACCGCGAGUUCAAGCUUUCGGCCGCCAUGAACGUUGGUACCCUCCCAGGCCGUAUGCAAACCUUCUUCCUGCUUGGAUACUUCGCCUUGAACGUCGUCUUCACCGUUUGGAAGAUCGAUUGGACUUCCAAGGGCUUCAUGUCCGCCGGACUGAGCCGGACUGGUAUCUUGGCCACCAUCAACAUGGUGCCACUCUUCCUCCUCGCCGGACGAAACAACCCUCUCAUUUCCUUGCUGGGCAUCAGCUUCAACGACUUCAACAUGAUCCACCGAUGGAUCGGUCGAAUCGUUGUUUUCGAAGCCGUCGCUCAUGCUUCGUUCUGGUUCUGUGGCAAGGUCGCCAAGUUGGGAUCAGAGAAGGGUCUUCAGGCGAUUGCGAACUCCAUGGCUAACAGUACAUUCAUCCUGUCCGGAACCAUUGGGUUCUGCACUUUCUGCGCCCUGCUGCUACAGUCUCCCUCCAUCAUCCGCCAUGCAUUCUACGAGACAUUCUUGCACCUACACAUCGCGCUUGCUAUCACUGCAGUCGUUGCUGUAUGGAUGCAUCUCGAUGGUAUGCCCGCGCAGCUUAUGCUCUUCGGUGCUCUCGUCUGCUGGAUCUUCGAGCGUCUGGUCCGUGUCUGGCUCAUCGUGACCAACAACUUCGGCCGCAAAGGCCGCACCAAGGCUGAAGUCGAGGCGCUGCCUGGCGACUCUAUGCGUGUCACUUUGCGACCCUCGAAGACCUGGAAGUUCAGACCUGGACAGCAUGUCUACUUGUACAUCCCCAGCAUUGGCAUGUGGACCAGUCAUCCAUUCUCCCUGGCUUGGAGCGAGGAUGGGACAGAUCUUGCCAACGAAAAGGCACUGCCCAUGGCACGGCAAGAUAUUCUUGCAGCCAAGGCCACCUCCAUAUCUCUAAUUAUCCGUCGUCGAACCGGCUUCACGGACACCUUGUACAAGAAAGCCGAACAAUGCAAGUCUGGACCCCUUACCACAACCGCGUACGUCGAGGGCCCUUACGGACACGAGAGCUUCCAGUCAUAUGGCACCGUGAUGCUCUUCGCUGCUGGAGUCGGAAUCACGCACCAAGUUCCUCACGUGCGCGACCUUGUCGCUGCUUACAACAAGGGAACAGGUGCAACUCGCAAAGUCGUCCUGGUCUGGGUCAUUCAGUCACCUGAGCACCUCGAGUGGAUCAGACCAUGGAUGACACAAAUCCUCGGCAUGGAGAAGCGUCGCGACAUUCUCAAGAUCCUGCUGUUCGUUACACGACCUCGUAGCACCAAGGAGAUUCAGUCUCCUAGCGCGUCCGUGCAAAUGUUCCCUGGAAAGCCAGACGUCGGUGCUCUCAUCGGCAAGGAACAAGAGAAGCAAGUCGGCGCGAUGGCUAUCAGUGUGUGUGGUACGGGCAGUCUGAGCGACGAUGUUCGAAGAGGCAUGCGCGAUCGCUGUGAACAAACGGAGAUUGACUUCUUCGAGGAGGCAUUCUCAUGGUAG